AUGCAAAAAAUUUCCAUUUCUGCAUUUGUUCUAGGUUCUGCAAAUUGCCCUAAGAUGUCCUUUAAUGAGCAGCAGUGCAAGCAGCCAUGUGUACCUCCUCCAUGUCUUCAAAAGACCCAAGAGCAGUGCCAGGCAAAGGCUGAGGAGGUGUGCCUCCCCCCAUGCCAAGAAAAGUGCCCAGUGCAAGCUCAGGAGGUGUGUCUUCCUCAGUGCCAAGAGUUAAACCUAGAAAACUGCCCACAGCAAUGCCAAGAUCCAUGCCUACCUUCAUGCCAAGACCAAUGCCCACCUCAGUGUGUGGAGCCAUGCCAGGAUACACUCGAGACAAAAUGUGUGGAGGUUUGCCCACAGAAAGCCCAGGAGAAGUGCUUACCCCCUGGCAAAGGGAAGUAGCUGCUUUCAUAAUGCCAUCUAGAAUCAAGAAGAUGGCCAAUGGAUGAAGACCCAACCCCAGCCUGUGCUAUGGUGACCUUCUCCUGUGGGUACCUCUGUGUGUACCUGUUCUUGCCUCCUGGCUUUCUUGGUAUUCCAGGACCUGGUCUGUGUCUCUGAGGACAGUUCUCUCUGUAUUUCAUCAACCUCGGUGAAUCAGUUUGGGGGGUUUUUUCAGUAGUUUAGUAGAAGAGUUCAGAAGCCUAGUUCAGCUCCAUUGGGGCACAAAUUCACCCAGCCCUGAGUGUGUAACAGCCAAGGAUGCCUGCAUUCAUUUUUCAGAGUGUCAGCCUCUCACUGGAGCCUCAAAACAAACUGAAUUUGGUGGACUCUGUACUUGACCACCAUCAUCCAGGGUGUGAAGAGGCUUGGUGGCAUUACAAAAUCAAAAAUUGGGUAAUUUUUUCUCUGCAUUCUAAAAAAGGACAGCAAAUAAUUGGAUGUUGUAAUGCUGAUUGUGCUUAAAACUAAAACAAAUGUAUUUAAAUGAUUGAAAUCAAACAGCCAAUAAGGAAAGACAAGAUGGGGCAUUUGGGGUUCUGGUUAAUCUUUGUGCUUCAUGGCUGGUCUGCUUUGAGCCCUCAUUUUCCCAUCACAUACAUUCUUUACUGGUAUGGUGUGCAUCUUGUGAUGGAGGCUGGUCUGGUCUCCAGUUGCUUUGCCUUCUUCUCCCUGGUGAA